UGAACCAAAUCGAUGUAAAUCUAUCAUCACAAAUCAGAGGGUGAUGAAAAGAAAAAGUGUAGUGGCAAUUUGAAAUCAGUAUAUUUUCUUGUAACAUAAGUAAAUCACUAAAAAAGGUUCACUCCGUCCAAUCUUCCAACACCUUCUUCUUCUUCUUCCUUCUUCUGCUUGUCCACUCCACCCCAAUCGCCGUUAUUUCUCCUCCUCUUCCCGACGGUUCACGAGAGCAGGCGGUUUCUCUCCAGCACGAAGAUGAUGAACCCCAGGACGGACAAGCUCGUGAGGAGGACGACCAUGGUGGCCACCAUCACCGCCGCCUACUUUCUCUUGACGGCUGACUACGGCCCCGAGCCCAACGCCCUCGAUCCCAUUAAGAAGGCGAUACUAUCGGCCGAGAAUCGUGUGAAAGGUUUUGUUUUUGGAUCGAGUGAGAAACCUCGAGAGAGCCAGUAGGGGAACUUGGCGGGCUCCAGGGAUUCACCAAAAGAACAACCAUGAUCCUGUUGCUGUGCUCACUUCAUACAGAAUUAUUCUGUCUUGACUCUUAGAGCUGCCCAGCCUUUGCUAUAUGGUUUAAGCACGAUAUCACAGUUUUUGUGUGUUUUGUGAUUAAUCUGAUGUAUAUACCAUGGGUGACUAGUCCAGUUAUGCGAAUGUAAGAAACCUUGAGUAUGGAAUUUGACAUGGAGGUUUUUUCAAUUGAGUUUCUUCAACUCUCGCCA